UAAAUCACCUCCACACACACAUAGAGAGAGAGAGAGAGAGAGAGAGAGAGAGAGAGAGAGUUUCCGAUGACUAUCAGCAUGAGCACAUUUGGCGCGGGUCUAUGUUACACGGGACAGCUUCCGUUGAGGCAAGUCACCGGAGAAAAGGGGAGGAAGCAGCAGAAAAUGACGGUGGUGAGAGCUGAAGGCGGCGGAGGAGGAGGAAUCAAUCCCGAGAUCAGAAAGAGCGAGGAGAAGGUGGUUGACGCCGUCGUCGUCACGGAGCUUUCCAAAAACAUAACUCCCUAUUGCAGGUGUUGGAGGUCGGGGACAUUUCCAUUGUGUGAUGGGAGUCAUGUGAAGCACAACAAAGCUAAUGGAGAUAACGUUGGCCCUCUCCUUCUCAAGAAACAGUAGUUUUUUUGUUUUCUUUUUAACUUCAUGAAUUAGUUUUUCUUCAUUAAUCUUUGAGGUGAUGUAUUAAUAUAUACUCGUUCAUAUAUAUAUAUAUAUCAUCUAGUAUUGGGUUAUGUGAAACAAAG